UCCCCACCCUUGUCCCUUUCAUACGUCUGCUUACAAAAAUUGUAGUCAUAUGAUGCGUUUUACCUCACUGGUCAAGAUUACGCCAAGAAGAGAGAAAAAACAUAUUUCACACAGGCAACAGUUUUGAAGUUUUAAGUGAAGACUCUGGUCACUUUUCGCUUGCAGUGAAGUCGUUCGUCGUCGUUUGCUAUCGGGUCGAGUAGGUCGAACCAGGCCCUGUUUCUCUCUUGUUUCGCUUGCGUGUGUGAGUGCUUGUGUGGUUCUGCGUGCGUAUGUGCUUAUGCGCACUGUUUGUUGAAAGAAAAGGCAUCCCCAAUCAAGAAGUAUUGCAAACGGGAUAAGCAUUAGGUCCCAUCGCAUCGCCCCAGCACCGAUCAAAAGGAAUAAUAAAAGGUUUCACUUAUAAAACAUCAUAAAAACAAAGCAAACAUGCCUGGCUAUAUGUUCAACAUUGACGGUGGCUAUCUGGAGGGCCUUUGCCGUGGAUUCAAGUGCGGCAUCCUCAAGCAGGCCGACUAUCUCAACCUGGUGCAGUGCGAAACGCUCGAAGAUCUGAAGCUGCAUCUUCAGGGCACGGACUAUGGUCAAUUCCUGGCCAACGAACCAUCCCCGCUGGCCGUAUCCGUGAUCGACGAUAAGCUGCGGGAAAAGCUGGUGAUUGAAUUUCAGCAUAUGCGUAACCAUGCUGUGGAACCGCUGUCCACCUUUCUCGACUACAUCACGUACAGCUACAUGAUCGAUAACAUCAUCCUGCUGAUCACGGGCACGCUUCAUCAGCGCCCCAUCUCGGAGCUGAUCCCGAAGUGUCACCCGCUCGGUAGCUUCGAACAGAUGGAAGCGAUCCACGUCGCGGCAACACCGGCCGAGCUGUACAACGCGGUGCUGGUCGAUACGCCCCUGGCACCGUUCUUCGUCGACUGCAUCUCCGAGCAGGAUCUGGACGAGAUGAACAUCGAGAUCAUCCGUAACACGCUGUACAAGGCGUACCUGGAGGCGUUUUACGACUUCUGCAAGAACAUCGGUGGCACCACCGCCGACGUUAUGUGCGAAAUUUUGGCGUUCGAAGCCGAUAGGCGAGCCAUCAUCAUCACGAUCAACUCGUUCGGUACGGAGCUGUCCAAGGACGAUCGUGCGAAGCUGUAUCCGCGCUGCGGUCGCAUGAACCCGGACGGUUUGGCCGCACUGGCACGGGCGGACGAUUACGAACAGGUGAAGGCAGUCGCCGAAUACUACGCCGAGUAUGCGGCCCUGUUCGACGGUUCGGGCAACAAUCCGGGCGACAAGACGCUCGAGGACAAGUUCUACGAGCAUGAGGUGAAGCUGAACAUGUACGGCUUUAUGCAGCAGUUCCAUUUCGGUGUGUUCUACUCCUACCUGAAGCUGAAGGAGCAGGAGUGCCGUAACAUCGUGUGGAUUGCGGAGUGUGUCGCCCAGAAGCACCGAGCCAAGAUCGAUAACUACAUUCCCAUCUUCUAAACCUGGCACAUCCUAACUUGCUCGGUUCAACAAGGACGCAAGCACAAUUGCUGAAAGUGAGAUAUAAAGGAAAGCAUAUGGAACACAAUCUGCACGGAAUGCACAACCUCCUUCAGUGGUAACCGUCAUCACAAUCAAACUCCCAUCGAUCAACAUCGUUCGUUAAAUGGCAAAACCCCCAACCACGGUUUUGCACCACCGUAACCUGAACUGCGCCCUAAAUCCAUCAUGGGUCUCGUGUUGCUCCCCAAAACACGGCAUCCCGUAGGAUUUAAACGUGUUCAAGUAUCACGUAUCUUUUGCAAUGCUGAAUUGUUGUGUGCCUGAAUUGUUAGUCAGUGUUUGUCUUCCUUUGAUUCCUUCUUUCCCUAUUGUCCUAUUAUAUUUCUACCAUUUUGCCUUUCCUGUUUAUCUCCGCGCCCCCCACAUCCUCCCUCUACGGCAUUUUCUCCCAAAAACAAACAAGAAAAGUGCGUAUUGUUUUCUGUUAUUUGUGGCAAUAUUUAAUUUGUAUAAGAAUGUUUUAAUUUGUUAGCUAAAUUAACGCUACCCCCCUCCGCUUGCGAGUGUUCGUGUGUGUAUCCGUCGUGUAGCGAAUUAAAGUGUACAGAAAAACAAACAGAAGAAAAGAAAAAAAAUCACAUUUAUGAAUGGACGUUGUUUUGGAAGUGUGCUGAGCAGAAUAUCGUAUACAGGCAAAAGCAACACUGCAUUCCAUGUUCGAAGCAACACCAUCCGGAACUCUAUUACCGUGUGAGAACGAGAAGAAAAAUAACAUGUAUUAACGUGCUGUUAUAAAUAAUAAUAAUAAAGCACGUACAGUGUAGUUAUCCCCC